AUGAGUAUUACCCUUGAUCGUUUGGACCAACUCCUCUCUGAAACCCCUAAGUCCUCAUCUACUACAACUAGUACCACAACCUCCACUACUCAAAAAAAGAAUAACAAGAAUAACAAUAACGACAAUGGAAAGAAGGAAAAGAAAUUCGUAAAGAAGGAUAAUAAUACAACACAAAAGAAGCCUUUCAACAAGCAAAACAAAAAUAAUAAUAAUUACAAAAAGAAGAACCCAGCUCCUGAAGACUUGGUUUUCCAAAUUACUGUACCAAAAUCUCACGGAAAGAAGGAUGAUGAUAAAACAUCGUUCAAUUACAAACAAAACAAAGUUCAAAAGAAUCAAAAGAAAACACAAAAUACUAAACCUAAGAAAUCAAGAAAUUAUUCAUCCGAUGAAGAGGAUCACAAAAAGCCAAAGAAAUCAAACAAUAACAACAAUAACAACAAUAAUAACAAUAAUACUGAAAAUAUUGCGGAUAUUGUAAGACAAGUCCUCAAGGAAACUCUUUCACAACAACCUUCAACACAACAAACUCCAACAUAUACACCAAUUUCUAUACCAAUCGGUAAUCCAGGAGCUUAUUGGCCUCAAUAUCCAGGCAAUAAUCCUACAACAAUUGUAUUACAAACACCAACACCACAAGUAUCAACAAAUCAACAAUCUGAACCAUCAAGAAAGAAAAAGUCUAGACAUAGCGAUAGUGAGGAAUCUGAUAAUGAUAGAAGAAAUGAUAGACGUCAAAAUAAUAAGAAAAAUCCAAGAGAUGAAAGACGUAUCAAUCAAUCCAAUAAUAGAGAACAAAAGCAAGAUAAGAAAGAUGAUAAGUAUAACAAAUUUAAUGACUUCCGUAUUGUGAGUGAAAGAGGAGAACGUAAGGUAACUAAGAUCAAUAAGACACGUAGAUAA